CACCUACAAAACUUUUCAUAAGGUAUUGCAAGGUAAUUUGUUGCUAGUGAGAACCUAUAAUUUUGACAUGCACCCAUGUUCUCCGUGCUGUGCAUCGAUGAUCCGUCCAAUUGAAAACUGAAAGACUCGGAGCCCAGCCUUUGAAUUGAUCCGGACAUACGACCCCCUUUUUUCUGUGCAGUUUCGUUUCGUUUCCAACUUUUCAAACCUUCCCACCUUCCCACCAACCAUUUCCAUUUCCCUCCAUUCCUCCUCUCUCCCGCCACCGUCAGCUCCCGCCUCCUCCCACGGUGGCCAUACAUAGGCACCCCCCAUGGCGGCGCGGCGCGCCGUGGCGUGUCGUGACAUGAGUGGUGCGUGGUCCGGCUCAUCGUCGUCGUCGUCGUCGUCCUCGGCGUCAUGGACGCCAUCUUCGCGCUCCCGCCGGACGCCCGGGCGCGCGCCAUGGGCCGCGCCGCGGCGCGCCUUCCCGGGUGCCUCUACCUCUGCCUCUGGGCGCCGGCGGCGGCCAUCGCCGGCGGCGUCCAGCCCAAGUGCGUAUAUAUAUCCUCACCUUUCUCUCCCGUCUCGGUUUCUUCAUCUGUUCCCCAAUGUGCCCGUUCGUGCGCAGCCAUCUGUUCUGCUUGGACGCGUGGAUCGGCGGCGGUGGCGGCGUCGGCGCCGGCGGAGGCGGUGGUGACCGCGCGCUGGAGCUGUUCGAGGCGUACAGGGGGGCGCUCUGCGCCGCCGUGAGCGGGUGCGUGCCGGGUUGGGCGUACAAGGAGGGCGCCGCGUGCAUGGAGCUGACGGAGCACGACCUGGCGGCGUCGGCGUCGCUGCAGGUGCAGCAGCAGUUCUACCACGAAACCGGCACCAAGAUGGCGGUGUUCAUGGGAUGCGACAGCGGGGAGAUCGAGGUCGGGCUGUCGGCCGCCUCGGCGACGGCGACGGCGGCGGUGGUGGGUGAGAUGCAGCAGUCGAUACUGGAGGAGCUCCUCCAGAUGCCGCCGCCGCCGCCGUCGCCCUCGUCGUCCUCGCUGCUGUCGCUGUCCGUCGGGAGCCCGGAAUACUCCUCGCUCGUUCGCUCGAUGGCGACGUCGGUCGGUGCGUCCGCCGCCGCGGAUCCGUCCCCGGUGCACGGCGGCCUGCUCGCGCCUGUCUACGGCGAGUUCCCGGGCUCCGACGACGACGCCGCGAUGGCGCAGGCGAUGCUCGCGGUCAUCUCCACCCCCGCGCCUCCGCCUCCGCUGUGGCGUCCGCCCCGGCGCCGCGCGCGCUCCAGCUCGUCGCCGCGCAGGGCGACGGCGUUCAAGGCGUACAACGCCGCGCUCUCGCCGAGGGCGCGGCCGCGGCCGGGCGCGCCGGGGCAGAGGAUGAUCAAGACGGGCAUCUCGCUCCUCGCCAGCGUGCACAUGCAAACGCGCAGCCGAGAGCUCGCCGCGGCGCGCCAAAGAGACACUCACGCCGCGCCGCCGCCGCCGCCACCGCCGCCACCGCCCAGCAGCAGCCAGCUUCACCACAUGAUCUCGGAGCGCCGCCGGCGAGAACGGAUCAACGACAGCUUCCAGACGCUCAGGGCAUUGCUCCCUCUCCCUCCCGAUUCAAAGAAAGACAAGGCGGCUAUUCUCGCCAGCACGACGGAGUACAUGGACAAGCUGAUAUCGCAGGUGUCCGAGCUGGGGGAGAAGAACCGGCAGCUGGAGGCGCAGCUCGCCGCGCGUUCCGGCGAGGCCCAGUGGCCGGCUGCAAGCGGCGGCGGUGGCGGUGAGUCGUCGUCGGAGAGAGUGCAGGUCGACGUUGUCAUCGCCGGCUCGUCGGCGUCGACCGAUCAGCCUCGGGAGGUGAGCAUCAGGGUGACGGUGCGCGCUGAGUGCGACGUGUCGGAGCUCGUCGUCGCCGUGCUCGCGCGGCUGAGAGAGAUGGGUCGCUUCGCCGUGGUGUCCGUCGACGCGGGGCGAAGGAGCAGCUCGUUUGCACAAGCCAGCCUUACGUUCCGUGUCAUGGCCGGCGACGUCUGCGACGAGACAUCGCUGAAGGAAGCCGUGGCGAAGGCCGUGGACGGCGCGGUGACAGCGCCGCCGCCGCCGGUGGCGCCACCGCCACCGACAUCGCCGUAGGCAGAGGCAGAGCACACCAGUUUUGACCGGAUCAGGGAGGAGGUGAGGCUAACUGAAGAAGGCAGGAGGAUAUGGCUAUGUUUGGUGGCAAUGGUGGUUUCGGUUUUCACUUCAGUCAUUUCACUGUCUUGUAACUCUUGUUGCUUCUUUUAGGUGAUUAAUUUAUUUCUUAGGACCUUGCUUUCGUAGUGUGAGUUCAGAAUUCAGGGGAUUUGUUAGGAAUUUACCUAUAGUUAUAUUCAGUAUGUGAAAUAGUGUAACUCAGCUAGCUUAUUCAUUAACUGUUGGUUACAGAUGUUUUUUUUCCCCUUUGUUUUGUCUUUUUUUCGUCAUACCAGGUUAGUUAAUUGAAUAUUUGAAUUAUCAACUGCAUCAAACUAGGCUUUCUUCAAGUUUCAGAGAACUCCUUUUAUGCAUUCAAAAAA